GUGCCGGUUCGCGCUCCAAGCAUUCUUCGUCGUCAAAUCUCGUAUAUUCUUUUCUCGUUCAUCUCCCCUCCCCAAACACCUUCAGCUGACUUGGCAAUGGCUUCCCACCACGAACUCCGGCGAGCGUUAUUUCUGGCCUGGAGUUCCGAGAUGCGCUUAGCCAGUUUCGCGUAUUUGCUCGAUUCACAACCUCAGGCUCUUGUCAGUUCUGGAGGAUUCCUUUCUGCGAAGCCAAACGCUACUAGUGGUAACCAUGCGAGUUGUCGACCGUAGAAGCUUCUGAGCCCAUUCACGCUUCCCCUGAAGAGGCUUGCAAUCUGUACGCGUUACAAGGCACUCGACAACUUACGCUCGUGACCAUGAGGCGUCGCGUUGACAUGCGGCUGCGGUCCCUGUCCAUUCCGCUAGGCCUCCUUAUCCUCUGCCACGUGGCGUCCACGUGUCAUGCGGCCUGUGGUCUGCUGCGUCCCUUGGCAGCAGCAGGCGAUUCCCCUCCAAGCAGGGAGCUGGAGAUGCCGAGCGACGAGGAGGCAACGGCCAUGGCGCGAUUCGCGGUGGCGCAGCACAACCAGGCCAAGAACGACAGCCUGUACGUGGUGCAACUCAUCUACACAGAGCGCACCGACACAGGCUACGAGAGCGCAGGUAGCACCCCAGGCACGACGGAUUUCCACCUCUCGCUGGCCGCCCUCAGCCUGCUCACGGGCGUCAUUGCCUCCUACGACGCCCACCUGUCGUGGCGACCUCUGGCGGCUGCACAGGCAGCAGCAAGGGCUGCUGCACUCCCAGCAGCAGCAGCAGCAGCAGCAGCAGCAGCAGCAGCACCAACAGCGGCAGCAGCAGCAGGAGGGAAGGGAGCAGGCUCAGCAGGAGAGAACAGCCUGUCGUCCUUCGCCAUGCAGGCAGGGUCGCAGCAUGCGAGCACAAGGGAGGAGGUGGAGGCGGCGCUGAGGCGGGUGGUGCUGCUGGGGCCGCCGCUGGUGUGUGAAGAGAUGCUGAUCUACGUUGACCCCAGGGGAGAGGACGUGCAGCGAGUGGCGCGAGGGGCGGUGGAGUCAGAGAACAACAGGAAGAGGGGUGGUGACCUGCGCCUGAUUUCAGUGCUGGAGGCUCAGAAGCUCAUCCCGAGCGACACAGAGUACAACCUCACGCUUCUGGCAGCAGACCAGGUCUCCCAAGUGGCAGCGCAGUAUGCUGUGCAUGUGUUGGAGACGCCAGGGACAGGCUUCGUCAAUGUCGCAGCCUUUACAGUGGUGCGGAGGACGCAGCGGAAUCUUACAGACGCAGAGAUGGGAGUGGCUGUAGCAGGGGGGUGUGGAGUGACGAAUGGGAGCAGCAGCAGCAGCAGAAGCAACAGUGCUCCUGGAAACAGCAGCACCGGUGGUGGCAAUAGCAGCAGCAGCAGUGGCGUUGGUGGUGGCAGCAAUAGCAGCAGUUUCAACAGCAAGUUCAACAGCAGAAGCAGCGGCAGCAUUCAGUGGGACGUGGCAGCAGGGAUGGCAGGGGUGUGCAUGGAUGAGGGGUGGGUGCUCGUCCCUGCUGCUGCCACCGACUCAACCAUCCGCCCCCUCGCUCUCUUGGCGCUGCAAAAGGCCAAUACGGCCAACAGAGGCGUGCUGGAGUUGACUCUACUGGAUGUGAUUGCAGCGAAGGCGAGUGUGGUGGAGGGGGCGGGGAUCAGCUACAGUGUGACUGUAGCAGCAGCAGCGGUGAAUGGAAGCACAGCAACGGCUGUAACAAGGAGUGCAGUCAGUGGGAGCAGGGGAGGGGGAGCAGGAUCUAGCAGAAAAGCAGGAGCAGGAGCGACAGCAGCAGGAGUAGUACCGCCGAUAACAGCAGGGAGUGCAGCGGAGGAGGUGGUGACACUGAAGGCAGUGGUGUGGCAGCCAGUGCCCUUCACGGCCUACCAGCUGACUGACCUCGUUGUGCUGGAUGGGGGGAGUGGUGGGGGGAGAGGGGAGCGGGAGGAGGAACCUUUGCUGAUUGACUGUGCUGGCCCACCCCCGGGCUACAUCCUCCUCGAUAACUGUACAGCAGUGCCAGAGUCCAUCCCAAUGGUACCCAAGUCUGGUUAUCACAGAGCUCCAGGGUACACGGCGUUUCAUGUGCUGCUGACCUUGGUUGGGUUUGUGCUGGCCCUCCUGUAGCCAGUUUGAUUGAGAGUACUUGCUAUGCUAGCCCCCCACCCCCGGUAAGUGUUCUAGAGUCCCACCCAAAGUCUGGCUGGCUGCACCAUUGCCAUGCUGGUACCGUAAUCCCCCGGAUAUAGGCGCAUACCUUUAUUUGGCCCACUGGGCUUAUGGAGUGCAAGUGCGCCUGUAUCUGUUAUUUGGUUAUAAGCGCACCCUUAUUUUUUAAAAUGUAUUUCGUGUAGC